UCGACAUCAGAACCAGGAGUACAAUUUGGCCGAGACCCUUUAAUCUUGUGGCUCGAAUCUCUCACAUUAUUAAUCCAUUACAUUCAUCGAUUACCGCUUCAUCGCCGAGUAGCGAUCGCAACACUAACGCCUAACCUAGUCGACCCUAGUCUUCAACUCAUGGCUCGAAGAGUGGUUGCUCCAGGACACUCUUGUUUCGAAUGCCGUCGUCGCAAAAUUAAAUGCGAUAGGUCACUGCCCUGCUCCUAUUGUGCCCGUAUCAAACUAAAAUGUUCAUACCCGUCAUGGCGAUCAAAUAGAGGCAACCCUGGGGAGAGCGACUUGGCAGCCAAAGUACAGGCUCUCGAGAGCACUUUGCAAUCUCUGGAACAACGAAUAACUCGUAUUGGAGACUUAUCACAUGUGAAUGCAGAGUUGCCCAGCAGGCAGGAUCAUACUGAGCGAGAGCACCAGUCCCCUAUCGAGGAUGCACAUGGAUUGCCAAGUUCAUGCCAGGCUACGUCACGAACUGCGCAGUCAAACUCCAAUCAAGAUAAAGCCGUUACUCUAUCGAGGCAUUCUCUUGUGUUGCAAACUUUACCAUUUAACAGCUUACGUGGGGUAACACAGCCUCUCGAAACGCUUCACCCUCCUCCUUCAAGCAUUGCGUUCAUCUGGCAGACAUAUCUCGAUGCAGUCGAUCCGCUUGUUAAGGUCUUUCACGUGCCUUCUAUCCAAAGACAUGUGAUGAGUAUAAGUCAAGGCCGAGAGAUACCCGACGCAGCUACGGAAUGCUUGAUGUUUGCUGUAUACUAUUCUACCAUAAUUUCUAUGUCAAUUGUGGAGUGUCGUGAGGAGUUUGGUGAAGAGAAACCACGUUUAUUGCAAAGGUACCGGGAGGGAGUCGAACGAACUCUUGUUCGAGCAAACUUCUUGAGCUCAAGAGACAUAACAGUAUUACAAGCAUUUGUCAUAUAUCUGAUCUGUGGACGGCUAGAUGAAAAUGGCCCCGAUGUCCAUGCCCUUAUCGGAAUCGCGAUUGGCAACGCUAUGAAGCUGAGCCUCCAUAUUGAUAUUCCUGGAAUGUCUACAUUUGAGACUGAAAUGAGGCGUCGGCUUUGGUGGCAGAUCUGUACCUUGGACGUUCGUGUUGCCGAAGUUUCUGGCAGUGAACCAUUCAUUAUUGAGCCAAGUCUCCAUACAGAACUGCCACUUAAUAUCAACGAUAUAAGCCUGGACCCUCAUAUAGGCGAGUUAAGCCCGCAGCCAGGACGAAGCGAAAUGCUGUUCAGCUUGGUGCGCAUAGAAAUAAGCAAUUUUGCGCGACGAAUAGUGUUUUCGGAUCAAUUCUGCCGAAUUAAUCACUACGGCAUCAUGAAUGAAGCAGAAAAGUGUCAAGUAAUAGAUGAGUUCAAGGGGCGCAUUGAGAAACAGUUUCUGUCGCAUUGCCAUGAGGCGAUUCCGCUAGAUUGCCUGAUAGUUAUGAGCAGCAGGCUGAUUCUUGCAAAGCUGAAGCUGGCUGUUUAUAGGCCGCGCCCAAAUCAACAUCCCGAGAUGCCCGUGCGAGCUAACUAUAGAAACGCUUGCGAGAAGUUUUUGGAACAGGCACAUGAAUUGCGACAAUAUAUUAGGGGCCGCCGGUGGCUGUGGUUAUUUCAGUAUAUUGAAUGGGAUGCGCUUGCAUAUCUACUGCUAGACCUAUGCAUCACGUUGUCAUUGCCAAGUCUAUCGCCAAAUGAGCUCAUUACAGCGCCGUGGAAAGUGGUUGAUGGCAUUUAUAAUUACUGGAAAGAACAACCUGACGUCCAUCGAGACGGUGGCUGGAUGAAGAUUGAGAAGCUUUACUCAACCGCUCUAUCUGUAAAGGAGAAGGCUCAAAAUGCGACGCAAGCAACCCAGAUGAUUCCAUCUUAUUGUUCUCUGGAGGCACAUGAUCAGCCUGAAGAUCCGUCCAAUGACAUUGAAAUGCAACAACAGUACGGAUCAAGUCCAGAUUCUGCUUCGGCUGAAGAAGCCCAAAGCGCUGCAACCACCACUGACCUGCCUGGAGCGGGGACUGCUUGUGAGUGGAGCGCUUCCUUAAUAGAGACAUAUUGGGAGGUCGCCGGGCAUGGGAGCGAAGGAUUCUAG